CAACUUUGCCUCAGGGAUACUGUGCUCCAGAGCAAAUGUAAACAUUGAUUCUCUAAUUAAGCACUCAUAGAAGUCAAAUCCGACCAAUCAGACGAACGGGAACCCCUCCAGGCACGACCGAAGGCGGACGUCAUUUCUGCGGCGGAAUACCGUCGACCGCAGUCAACAGCAUCGAGACAAUAGAUACUCUGAGAAAUGGGAUGAUAAAUAGCUCUGAGGCUGCUUCGCAUACACUUACCUUGGCUAACUCAGCUCACCCAGAUCACCUUUCGCUCGCCCUUUGGAUAUUGCGUUGUCCGUGAUCGUCGACAAUCUCCAACAGCUUCCCCGCGUUGAAGAAAGAAAAUAAUUACGUGCAACAAGACGAUAUGGCUACCUUUACUGAGCAGCCCUUCUACGGCGGCGCGAUUCAGGGCAUCAUCCCCGAAGGCUGGGUAGACGGAAGCUCCCUCCGCGAAAUCCCAGACCACCAAGAACUCUUCCUCUCCCCCUCCACCCUCUCCAGCUUCAUCGUCGAAGUCAACCAGCGCGUCACACAAGAGCAGGCCUUAUCAACGCUAGACACGCAGGCCGCCGUUCGCGGCGGCAUCCCCGCCACCCACGAGACAAUCGACAAAGCAGCCGUCAUGUACCACCUGCGCGACCUGUGCGACGAAGACGACACCCUGCAGGUGAUCAUCCCCGCGACAGCCGUAACUCCAGCCAAGAUCCCUGCCUCUGCGCGUGCGCAUGCGUACAAAGGCGUCGUGCAGAUGACGACGCCUAAGCGGCAGCGGAGGGAUACCAAUACGGGGAGGAUUCCUGUUUCGGUUGGGGGUGCGGCGGCGGGAUCUAGUGCGGACGGGCCGCAGACGUCGCGUGUGACGGUGCAUUAUCUGCUUGUGCGGUUGGAAGCGCAGGAGUCAGAUCUGCUCGUUUUCUUUAAUGUGCCGCAUGAUGAGUUUGAUUUGUCUGGGGAUCCGAGGGGUUUGUCGAAGGAGGAGGAGGUGGCUACUGAGGCUAUUGAUCGGUUGGUGCAGACUUUGGAGAUUAGGGACUGGGGAUUGUUUGCUUAGGACUGGUCUUUGGUUGCAGAAGAGCUAGGGAAGCGCUUACAGUCUGGAAACCUGGUGUCACACUCUUUGAUUUAUUGCUUCAGGAACCCCCUUACUAGCACAACUAGCCCACACCAAGAAUGGUUAUAGAAUAUCAAUAUAAUUAAUUCACGAGCG